AUGGCAAUCACCAACAUUUCGCUUGACCAGCCCCUCAUUGCGCAACAAGUCACCUGUUAUUACCCUAUCAGCGACAUAUAUUCGCCCACUCCACGGUACCUUUACUAUGUCCUCCUGGCAUUGAGCUUUCUCACAGCUAGCCACGGGUGGGUCGCUCACAUUAUCUUCGGAGCGGCGGUCGCGUAUGCUGCUACCGCGUCGAUCGAAGCCUUUAUCCUGCUUUCCGCUCAGCUUGGCCUACCUCCAGCACAGAAUGUCACCGUAGCCUAUCUGAGCCCAGAAAACUCCACGGGCGCCUCAAAUGCCUUGCAAGCACUGGUAUCAAACACCACCUCUGUUCCUGUACAGCCGGACUACUUGGAGCUGGAUAUCGAUGCGGUCACUUGCAUCGUCGUUACUGCGUAUCUUGUAGGCCUACCACUACAAUGCUGGUCAAGCACUGCUCGAACAAGUCGAAUUCUCCACCUGCUGAUCUUCAUCUGGAAUAUGAUUAUGCUGGCGGGUUCGAUAUCAGUUCUCAUCCUUUGGCCGACUCUGAAUGUUGGAAAACCCCAAUAUCGAUUCUGUUAUUCAGGCAUCGAAGACAGCAACACAAUACAAAGCAGCGGGUGGGAAGAUCAAUACUGGGCCGGGUCUUGGAAUUCAACCAUAUGGGACCUCUUUGGUCCAUCGGUGAUUGACAAUGAACGGUGGUUAAACCUUUCGACCAACUGCUUUUAUCCAUGUUUCAAUACCUCGCAAAUUCUGAGAGAGCCGACACGGCUAAGGGCGACGGUAAUCGGCACCGAUGGGCCUGGUGAUAGUCUGCAUACUUGGAACGCUUGGGAAGGCGACGAAUUCCAACCCCUCGUUUAUACAGCCAUUGCCCUCUUUACCGCCGCCCAUCUAUUUCUUCUGGUUGUUGGGCGAUUGAACCUGUGCACUUCCAGAGUGCCCAUACACCGCCCGUUUCAGCUUUGGUUUCGGCGGAAGGAGAUCUUCAGUGCGUUCGUGGCUGAUGUCAGGGCUGGUUAUUCGAACACGAGAGAGUUUCUACGACAUCCAGUGCCUUAUUUCGCAUCGAUACGAACCGUUAGGCUCCACCACGCAGCAAAGGUCACGCGGAUACACAAGCAUCCAGUUUCCCGCUUCGUGAUCGAUGUUAUAACGCUUUGCGUCCUCCUCGGAGUCAUGCUCUUUGGACCGCUGAUCAUUAUCGCUUUCAUUAUAUGGAUUGAAGGUUAUAUUCACUCAGACGGCGAGCCCAACGAGCAAGUCCAAGCCGUGGGCCAAUGGCAGGUCAUUGUCCAGAUCGGCAUUGUGCUUCUGGCUGCAGUGGUCCUGAGGCUGCGGUACAAAGUGGCUUCGGAGGAAGAGAUCCAGCGAAAUCUGAGACAUGCCAGGCAUCAUGUCGAGAAGCUAGAGCAAAUCGCAGAGCAGAAGAGAGUGGACAGAGAAGCCGCGGAUGCAAGGAGAAGGCAGCGAGGAAGUCGCUACAACUUCUUUCGGCGGUGGAAGAAGAAAGCGGUAAGCGAGGAAGAGGGAAGUAAGCCCGAUUCUCCGUCCAUGGGCUCUGCAGAAGAAGCACCCCCGGAGUCACAGGGGGUGAGAGGAGAGAAACGAGAGUCCCCUUCAUUGACAGGAGGACCGGAACCGUAA